ACUAUGGUUACUUACGUCAUAUUUGACAGUUGCGUACAUUUGUUAUAUGGUUGUGUUUGUUUAACUGGUUAGGAGUUAUCUUAAGGCAAUAACUAUCAAAAAAUAAACACAUUAUGGCAUCAUUAAAGCCUAAAAACGCGUCUGGAGCAGUACUGUUAAGCAAGUUAACUAAAGAUGUAUUUAUUAAAAAUAUAUCAGAAGCUAGAGCUGCAGAAGGCGAUAUAGAGCAUUUUUGCUUUAAUAAGAGUAGAUUAAGGGUUGUUUCUAAAACGGAUGAUUUGAAGAAAAAUAGUAAAGGAAUUAUUUAUUUGAUGAGUAGAGACUGUAGAGUUGAAGAUAAUUGGGCUGUACUGUACUCACAAAAAUUAGCUCUGCAGAAUAAGCUACCAUUACAUAUUUGUGUGUUAACUAAAGAGUUUAACUGCUUGUAUCCCACAAAAAGGCACCUUCAUUUUGCCCUUGAAGGUUUCAAAGAAAUACAAAAAGAAUGUGAAGUGAAAAAAAUUGGUUUUCAUUUUUUGAAGGCAAAUGUCAAGGAUUUUGUAAAAAUAGUUGAAGACAACCAAAUUGGAGCUGUUGUUCUCGAUUUUGAUCCUUUAAAGAAGCCUGUCGAAUGGAGGAACUAUUUGAAGGAUAAUUUGGAUAAAAAUGUUGCCCUAAUUGAGGUGGAUGCUCAUAACAUUGUACCAGCUUGGUUAGCUUCUGAAAAACAAGAAGUAAUGGCGAAAACAAUAAGGCCAAAAAUAACAAAACAACUUCCGGAAUAUUUAACCGGAUUUCCUGAGGUCUGCAAGCACAAUUAUCAAGGGAAAUUGGACACAGAUAAAAAAUUAAAAAAUGUCGAUGAUGUUUACGAUUUUUAUAAACCCUUAUAUGAUGUGGAAAUUGUUAAAUGGGCUAAGCCAGGCGCUGAGGGUGCAUAUAACACCUUGUUGAGUUUUAUGCAAGAAAGAUUGCAGUAUUAUGGGAUAUCCAGUAAUGACCCAUCCAAAAACCAUACCAGCAAUUUAUCCCCAUGGAUAAGAUUCGGUCAUAUUGCCGCUCAACGGGUAGCUUUGGAAGUGAAAAGCGUGGAGAAAAAUUGCAAAGAACAGGUGGAUAAAUAUUUGGAAGAAUUAAUAGUCAGAAGGGAAUUGGCGGAAAAUUAUUGCUUCUAUAACUCUAACUAUGACAAUAUUAAUGGAGCUGCAGAAUGGGCCAGAAAGACUUUGUUGGACCAUAAGAGCGAUAAAAGAGUGUAUACGUAUACAAGAGAUCAGUUUGAGAAGGCGUUAACACACGACGAGAUGUGGAAUGCCGCAACUUUGCAGCUGGUCCAGGAGGGUAAAAUUCACGGUUACAUGCGUAUGUAUUGGUGUAAAAAAAUACUGGAGUGGACCAAAACUCCCGAAGAAGCUAUCGAGAUUGGGUUGUGGCUAAAUGAUACUUUUAGCUUGGACGGUACAUGCCCUAAUGGGUUUGUAGGUGUGAUGUGGUCAAUUUGCUGCGUACACGAUCAAGGUUGGGGCGAAAGGGAAAUUUUCGGAAAAAUUCGUUUCAUGGUCGAUUACAGUUUGAAGCGUAAAUUUAAUAUGGAAGCUUAUUGUGCCCGGUUUGGUAGAAGCAUUGGGAAAACAUCUGCUAAAAAAGGGGUUAAAAGGAAGGCUAAAUAAAUGAGAAAAUGUUUUAUGGAAUUUUUUAUUGUACUCAGGAUUUCUCAGGGAUUUUAAAUAAAUAGAUGUUCCAAUA